UAAAGGAAGCCUUAUUUGAUAGGAGUGCUGAGAAGCAAAGUGAUACAUCCCAGGCAUGUGGAGACAUUAACAGUAACCAGGAGCUUCCCAGGGUUACAAGCUUCCUUGGCUAAUGGUUGAAAAUCAGGGGGAUAUUGAAAACCAUUGAACCUACUCUAUCUUGACGAAAAUCCAGUCGUUAAGUUUGCCUGCACCUUGGGAAUAGUAAAGAAAACCAAAAAGCCUAUUUCCAGGAAUCCCUGAACAAAAUCUCUGCUUAGAAAUGUCCAGCAACAUUGAAAGCCCAUGUUCAGCAAUCACUUAUGGCCUUUUCAAGAUAAACUGUAAAAUACAGUUUCCUAUAAUGAGUGACAAAUCAGUUAUGCUUCUGAGCCUGUUGAUUCUUCACAGCAUCUUUACAAAUGGAAAAGCAACAUGUAAAUGGCGAUUGGUAGAAGAAUGGCAUACACAGCCUUCAUCGUAUGUGGUGAAUUGGACACUAACAGAAAACAUCUGCGUGGACCUCUAUGGAGAUUGCUGGGUUGAGGACAUAAAUAUUGAAAUGAGUACCUCAGGCAAGCAAGCUGUUCCCCAGAUUUGUCCUUUGCAAAUUCAAUUAGGAGACAUCCUUCUAAUUUCUUCUGAACCAUCUCUUCACUCUCCCGAAAUGAAUUUGAUGAAUGUUUCUGAAGCAUCAUUCAUUGACUGUCUGCAGAAUGCCACAACUGAAGAGCAGUUACUUUUUGGUUGCAAACUAAGAGGAUUGCACACUGUGAAUCCUCAGUGGCUGACCGUGGGGACACAUUAUUUUAUUACAGUAAUGGCAAGUGGUCCUUUGCUUUGUCAAUUGGGACUUCGACUAAAUGUGACAGUGAAGGAACAGUUCUGCCAGGAACAUCUGAAUUCAGAAUACUGCUCUGGGCACGGUAAAUGUCUGACUGAAAUUUGGAGCAAGACAUACAACUGUCAUUGUGAGCCUCCAUUUUCUGGAAAAUACUGCCAGGAACUUGAUGCAUGUUUUUAUAUACCAUGUAAAAAUAAUGGCAGCUGCAUUAAUAAAUGGAAUGAGCAAGGAUAUGAAUGUAUCUGUCCCCCACCUUUUACAGGCAUAAAUUGUUCAGAAAUAAUUGGCCAGUGUCAACCACAUAUCUGUUUCCAUGGGAAUUGUAGCACUAUUACUGCAAAUAGUUUCAUUUGUGAAUAUGAAGAACCAUUUUCAGGUCCAUUCUGUGAAGAGUCAAUGGAAUGCUGUGUUUCUCGGGUUUGUGGGAAAAGCGGAAUUUGCCAAAAUAAAAGUUCUGGUGACCUUUGUGAGUGCCCAGAAGGAUUUCUCACCAGAGGCUGUGAAAUUGAUAUCAAUAAGUUUUCAUUAAUACCAUGUCAGAAUGGUGAGGACUGCAACAUCUCAAAGGAUACCUUGUGCAUCUAUUCACCAGUAUUUAUAGGCAAGCUUUGUAAGAAACUUCAAGCUUCAUGUGACUCAUUUCCUUACAAGAAGGAUGCCACAUAUAUGAAUUUUGAGAAAGAUUAUUAUUGCAGUUGUAUGCCAAGAUUUACUGGAAGAAACUGUGAGAAAGUAAUUGACCACUGUAGACUGCUCAGCAUCAACUGUCGGAAUGAAGAAUGGUGUUUCAAUAUAAUUGGAAGAUUCAGAUAUGUGUGCACUCCAUGGUGCACAAAAAAUUCAUGUGGGUUUCUGAAGAAUGUUUGCUUUAUUCUCCUGUACCCCUGUUGUUGCGGAUCUGUCAGGGGUGAUAUUUACCAAGCUGUAGUUCCUCAUUCUCCUCAAUUUAAGUAUGUGUGGCAAUUGGGAUUUACAGUAUCCACAGGUGAAAAAUCUAAAGUUACUAUUGAUACUUAUUUCUUGUAAAAUUGCACUGAUGAUACAGUCUAUGUGAACAAAUCUGAAGACAUUGACUAUCUAUGUUGGUUUCAAUGUGAAGAAACAAUGGGGAUGUGUGCAAAUGGAUCCUGUUGUUUGACUAAAGAAGGUAGUAAGGAAUAUUUUUGUCUGUGUAUUCCUGGAAGGCCUGGAAAAACAUAUCUGGAAAAUACAACUGACUAUCAACAAAGUGGGUGUCAACUUGAAGCUAUUUAUGAAGAUGAAUUUAAUGUAUCAAGAUGCAGCUGUUCUCUUGGUUACAUUGACAGAUUCUGUAUUCUCAGCGUUGGAGAUUGCUUAGGAAACAAGAGUACAUCAAUGCAUGGCCUCUGCCUGGUGCAUUUGCACAGCUGUAACUGUAGCUGUCUGCAAGUAUAUGAAAGCAACAUCUGUGAAAUAGAAACUGAAGAUUGUAAAUCCAUGCCCUGCAAAACCGGAGCAACCAGUCUCAUUUCCUGCGGCUGCACAAGUGUCCCCGGAUUUACAGGUCCUUACUGUGAAUGUGGACCUUGUGAGGCUAGUAAUCCUUGUGAGAAUGGAGCCGUGUGCAGAGAGAAAAUGGAUCUGGAAAUGUUUCCCCUUGGGUACCGGUGCCAGUGUGGGAAAGGCUGUGCAGGUCCAUGCUUGGUUGGUGGCUUCCCUUGCCUAUGCAGUCCUGGCUGCAUGGGCCCGAGAUGUGACCAGGCCAUGAAUGGCUGCGUCCUGAAUGCCUGUGAGCACAAUUCUACCUGCAAAGAUCUGCAUCUCAGCUGCCUGUGUGCAUGCCUGUCUGGUUGGGAACGGCAUUUUUGUGAACAAAAUUCCAAUGACUGCAAAAUGAAUCCUUGUGAGAACAAUUCUACCUGUACUGACCUUUACAAUAGCUAUCGCUGUGAAUGUGCAUCUGGAUGGACUGGACAAAACUGUAGUGAAGAAAUAAAUGAAUGUGACUCUGACCCAUGCAUGAAUGGAGCUCUUUGUCAAGAAUCUACCAUCCCUGGGCAAUUUGUAUGCCUAUGCCCACCCUUUUAUACUGGGAAAUUUUGCCAUCAACACUAUCACCCCUGUGAUCCACUCACAGACCUUUGCAGAAACAACUCAACAUGCUUGAUUUUGGUAGAUGGGAAUCAUUACUGUAUUUGUAAAGAAGGAUCUGAAGGGGAACUCUGUGAAAUUAACAUGAAUGCGUGCUUCUCCCUUCCUUGUUGGAAUUAUGGUGACUGUGAAGAUGAGGUCAACAAUUUCAGGUGUGUUUGCAGCCCCAGAUUUUCUGGACUUGUGUGUGAAAUUGAAAUAUUUUUAUGUAAUUGUGAACCUGGGUAUCAUGGAUCUCUCUGUGAACUGCGUAUGAAUGAAUGUGAAAUCUCACCUUGUCUGGAUGGAGAAAAUUGUGUCAACAGAACCGGUGCAUAUAACUGCCUCUGUGCUCCUGGCUACACAGGCAUCAUUUGUGAAGUAAAUAUAGAUGAAUGUCUAUCAGAGCUCUGUCUCCAUGAUGGGACGUGUAUUGAUGGCAUCGAUCAUUAUACCUGUGACUGCAAGAGUGCCAUUUUUGAGACACACUGUGAAACAAAUGCCAAUGAUUGUCUCUCAAAUCCUUGUCUACAAGAGAGAUGUACAGAUGUCAUUAAUGGGUAUCAAUGUUCAAGAGAUGCAGAAUGCACAAGAUCAAGAUGUGAGAUCAAGAUUAAUGACUGCACACCAAUCCUGUGUAUGAAUGAAGGCUGCUGUCAGAAGUCAGGCUGUGGCUUUACUUGCACUUUCCCAAGUGGAUGUACUGGUGCAUUUUGUGAAACCAGGACUGGGAGCUGUGCGGAGCAUGAACUGCAUACGGGCCUCUGUCUCAAUGGAGGGAUCUGUGUCAAUGAAUCUGGACACACUUUUUACUACAGAUGUCUUCCUGGAUGUUCUGGUCAAUCUUGUGAAAUUAAGAUAAAUGAAUGUUUUUCAUCACCAUAUCUAAAUGUUGUGAACUGCGAAAAUCAUAUCAAUGGAUAUAUUUGCAAAUGUCAAAAAGGGUGGGCAGGACAUCACCGUGAGAAGGGCCUUGAUGAGUGCAUUCCCAACUCAUGUGUUCAUGAAAUAUGCAGAGAAAAUGAACCUGGCUUUGACUCAGCAUGUGUAUGCAGGCCCGGAUUUGUGACCUGCUCCAUUGGGCUUCUUUGUGAAAUAUGGAGAAUUAGCUGUUUACCUCACCUCUCUCAAAGAACAGAUGCCAUUUCUACCCAAACAUAUACAGUGCUCACCUCUGAGACUUUAGUCAGUAGCUUUCCACCUCCAAGGGCUACAAGACUAUGGACUAUAAUGAAUACUUAUUCGGUUGAUCAAGGUUUAACAGAGACAGACAUUUUCAAGCCUGAUGUUCUCUCAGCCACCGGUUUGUCAGCAUUUAGUAUUGGCAUAUCCUCCGAAAGCCGUUUACUGGAAGAACUGGUUUCUACUAGACAGCUUUCAGCAAAACACAGUCUUACAUCUUCCACAGAUGUUUCUUCUUCUCAAUUCCUGAAUUUUGUCCGGAGCGCGACGUCUGUAUCACAUACGCCUAUCCAAACUUCAGCUGUCACACCAGGAUUCUUUUCCUUCAGUAGGAGAGAGAGGGCCUCAUUUAUCAUCUCUUCCUUAACAACUGAUUUUAUUUUUCCUACGCAAUCUGUAUUAUUUGACAAUGAUCAGACUGUUGCCUUAUCUGCUACUACAAUGAGUUCAGUAAUUAGUAACAUUCCAGGGGCAGAGACUGAGUUAAAAAGGCACUCAUUACUCUCCUCUGGAUUCCUGCUCACAACUGCUUCUAUGAGCACACCUCCAAUUGUUUCUAGAGGGGCUCAAGAGGAUACUGAAGAAUAUUCAGCUGUUUCCUUAAUUUCAAAAAGAGAGUGCUGGAGAUUGCGGAGCUCCUCAAUGUCUCCCAUUUCUGCCGCUAAGAUAAUUAUAUCUAAACAGGUAGCCAUCCUAAACUCAUCAACUCUGCACAGAGUCACUACACAAGCCUCCAUUCACAGUGAAUAUCAGAUUAUUACUGAAGCAUCCAGCAACCGGAGACUCACAAACACCAAAUCACAGACUGCUGAUUCUUUAAGUGGAUUAAGCCAAACAUGUGCAACAUGUUCUAUGACUGACAUAAAAUCCUCUCGUAAAUUCUCAGACCAAGUUUUGCAUAGCAAACAGUCCCACUUUUAUGAGACAUUCGGGAUGAACUCAGCGAUAUUAGCCAGCUGGUGUGCACUAAUGGGAACACAAACUAUCAUUUCUGGGCAUUCGUUUUCUUCCGCUACUGAAAUAACGCCAUCAGCGGCAUUCACAGAACUGUCAUCUUUAUUUCCUUCUAAAAAGAGUACAAAAGAAACAAUUUUAUCCUCAUCCUUGGAGGAAUCCAUUACCCUAUCGUGUAAUUUGGAUGUUAAUUUAUGUUUGGAUGAGACUUCUUCAUCUAUUGUCCCUUCACAAACUAUCUCUUUAGACCUGAUGAAUUCUGGUUUGUCUUCAAAACUGAUCACUGAUGAUCCGUUAAUAUCAAGAAACAUUUUUAAAAUAUUGAAAAUAAGACAAUAUGGUAUAACUGAGGAGCCCACUGAGGCACUGAAUCAAGACAAUUUACUGAGCAUACAGGAGAGUAAAGGAUCUCAAAAACAGUUCAAAUUUUAUAAGAGUGAUAGUACUCUGGAUUUUGAGUUAAACCCUCCACCACACACAGACUCAAUGUCUGAUAGUUCAGAAGCAAGCUCUAAUGUUGCGCUAUAUACCAUUUCACCAACUCAAUCACUUCCGAUACAGACUUCUUUUCCCAUGUCUACAUUUAUGUCCGAUUGGACAUAUGAUACAGCGUAUCUGACUUUAACAUCUAAUUUAAAAGAAGAGUUCAGAACUUCUUCAGAGUGGUCCCCAUGGGAACUUCAACCCAGUGUGCAUGAAUGGGAAUCUGCUGCUUCAGGCCAGAGGCUUCCCAUCACUACAUCUCUUCCUUUGUCUUCACUGGAGUCCAUUUCGGCACCUCAUCAGCUGAUGAUUUCUGAUUUCAGUUGUGUUUGUUAUUAUGGAGAUUCCUAUCUAGAAUUUCAGAAUAUAUUUUUAAAUCCACAAAAUAAUAUAUCCCUAGAAUUUCAGACCUUCAGCUCCUAUGGACUCCUGCUCUACAUCAAGCAAGACUCAAAUUUAGUAGAUGGAUUUUUUAUUCAAUUAUUUAUUGAAAAUGGUACUUUACAGUACCACUUUUUCUGUGCUGGUGAAGCAAAAUUGAAAAGCAUUAAGACUACUAUUAAAGUGGAUGAUGGACAAAAGUAUUCGCUGCUUAUCAGGCAAGAAUUGGACCCAUGUAAAGCUGAACUGACUAUUCUAGGGAGGAAUGUAAAAGCAAGCGAAUCUGUCAAUCACAUGUCUGGAAAACCCCUGCCAGAGUCAGGGUCUGUCUUUGUUGGUGGAUUUCCAGAUCUUCAUGGAGCAAAUCAGAUUUCUGGACCAGUUGAGAAUUUUACUGGCUGCAUAAAAGUUGUAGAAGUCAAUAACUGGGGACCUUUCAUCCCAUCCAAGGCAGUGAGAACAAUUCACAUUGAUAACUGCAGAUCCCAGGACUCUCAUCUGUCUGCGUCGCCCUCCCUUGUCACUCCUUCUGGUGGCACGGAAGUGGGGGACUCCGAGAGGACUCCCUUCAGCGCCCCUCCUGCAGCGCCCUCUGUGUGCUGGGAGGAGGUGUGCCACAACGGAGGCACCUGCCGUCCCCUGUUUCUCUCCAGUGGUGUCUUCUCCUUUCAGUGUGACUGUCCUCUACAUUUCACUGGCCGUUUCUGUGAACAAGAUGCAGGUUUAUUUUUUCCAUUUUUCAAUGGGAAUUCCUAUUUAGAAUUGCCGUUUUUUGCAACCCUAAAUGAGUGGAAGUUUGUCCUGGAGAAGGAACAUAACAGAAUUGUUACCAUCUACUUGACUGUAAAAACAAACACUUUGAAUGGGACCAUUCUCUACAGUAGUGAGAAAAAUUUUGGACAACAAUUUCUUCAUUUACUUCUUGUGGAAGGAAGGCCCACGGUUAAAUAUAAAUGUGGAAGUUCCCAAAAUAGCUUGACUCUUUCUGCUAAUUACAGCAUCGACACAAAUGCCUUCGUCCCUAUCACCAUACGCUUCACAAUGUCUACUGGCAGCCCUUGUAUGAUUGAAAUGACUGCAGAUGGAAAACCUCCAAUACAGAAGAAAGACACAGAAAUAUUGCUUGCCUCUCAGGUACAUUUUCAAUCAAUGUUCCUUGGUCAUAUUCCUGAAAAUGUUAAGAUCCAUAAGAAUGCGGGCCCUAUUGAUAGGUUCAAGAGCUGCAUUGGAGAGCUUCAAGUAAACAACAAAGAAUUCUUCAUCAUUGAUGAAGCACUACGUGGAAAGAACAUCGAGAACUGCCACGUCCCUUGGUGUGCUCAUCAUCGAUGCCACAACAACGGCACCUGCAUUAGUGACAGUGAAAACGGGUUCUGUGAGUGUCCAAGGCUGUACUCAGGCAAGCUGUGCCAGUUUGCAACCUGUGAAAACAACCCAUGUAGAAACGGUGCCACCUGCGUUCCUAAAUCCCAGACAGACAUGGUCUGCCUCUGCCCAUACGGGAGGUCUGGACUCCUCUGCACUGAUGCUGUUAAUAUCACUCAGCCCAGGUUCAGUGGCCUGGAUGCCUUCGGAUACACUUCAUUCCUGGCUUAUUCACGGAUCCCAGACAUCGCCUUCGAUUAUGAAUUCCACGUGAAGUUUCAGCUAGCAAACAAUCACUCGGCACUGCAAAAUAACGUCAUAUUUUUCACUGGACAGAAGGGCCAUGGGUUGGACGGCGACGACCUCCUGGCCGUGGGCCUGCGCGGCGGCCGCGUGGUGCACAGCUUCAACCUGGGCUCCGGGCUCGCGAGCGUCAGGAGCGACCCUCUCGAUCUGAGCCUCGGGAUCCACACGGUCCAUCUGGGGAGGGUCUUCCGAACCGGCUGGCUGAAGGUAGAUGAUCAUAAAAACAAAUCCGUCAUCUCCCCAGGAACACUGGUUGGUCUCAAUGUGUUCAGUCAGUUCUAUGUGGGUGGCUACAGUGAAUACACUCCAGAUCUCCUGCCAAAUGGAGCUGAUUUUAAAAACGGCUUUCAAGGUUGCAUUUUCACUCUUCAAGUCCGCACUGGGAAGGACGGUCGCUUCAGAAGCCUGGGGGAUCCGGAGGGCCACCCAAGUGCUGGGCGCAGCGUUGGCCAGUGUGACGCUUCUCCCUGUGGUUUCCUGGACUGUGGCAACGGUGGGACCUGUGUGGACAGUGGAUCUACUGCUUACUGUGACUGUCCCACUGGAUGGAAAGGGGCCUUCUGCACGGAGACAGUUUCCACCUGUGACCCUGAACACGACCCCCCGCACCAGUGCCACAGAGGGGCCACCUGUGUCCCAUUGCCUCAUGGAUAUACCUGUUACUGUCCUCUGGGAACCACCGGGGUCUACUGUGAACAAGCUUUUUCUAUAAGUGAUCCAUCUUUCAGAAGCCACGAAUUAUCCUGGAUGUCUUUUGCUCCCUUUCGUAUUCGAAAAAAGACACAUAUUCAACUGCAGUUCCGGCCUUUUUCUACAGAUGGCAUCCUAUUUUACGUUGCACAACACCUAAAAGCACAAUCAGGUGAUUUUUUAUGUAUCUCUUUAGUAAAUGGUUCUGUUCAACUUCGUUACAACCUCGGUGACAGAACUAUCGUUCUAGAAACUCUCCAAAAAGUAACUAUUAAUGGAAGCACUUGGCAUGUGAUUAAAGCAGGAAGAGUCGGUGUGGAAGGCUACUUGGAUCUGGAUGGGGUAAAUGUAACAGAAAAAGCCAAUGUUCAAAUGAGCUACCUGGACACAAAUACUGACUUCUAUAUUGGAGGAGUGUCAUCCUUAAGUCUUGUAAAUCCCAUGGCAACAGCAAGUGGACCUGUAGGUUUUCAAGGUUGUGUCCGAGAAGUUAUUAUAAAUAAUCAGGAGUUACAGUUAACUGAACUAGGAGCCAAAAGUGGCUCAAAUGUAGGUGACUGUGAUGGGACAGCCUGUGGGUACAACGUGUGCAGAAAUAGGGGUGAAUGUAUGGUAAAUGGCACGACUUUUUUUUGCAGAUGUUUGCCACACUGGACUGGAAAGGUAUGUGACCAGUCUGUGUACUGUUUGAAUAACCUUUGUCUCCACCAGUCUCUAUGUGUACCUGACCAAUCAUUCUCUUACAGCUGUUUGUGUACUUUGGGUUGGGUGGGAAAGUAUUGCGAAAAGAAAACUUCAUUUUCAACUGCAAAAUUUAUGGGUAAUUCUUACAUUAAAUACAUUGAUCCACACUAUAGAAUAAGAAACCUUCAGUUUACUACUGUAUCCUUAAAUUUCAGUACUACCGAAAGAGAAGGCUUAAUUGUAUGGAUGGGGAAAGCUCAAAAUGAAGAAAAUGAUUUUCUGGCAAUUGGGCUCCAUAAUCAGACCUUGAAAAUAGCAGUCAACUUAGGAGAAGGCAUCUCUGUGCCUAUGACUUACAGCAACGGUACUUUCUGUUGUAAUAAAUGGCACCAUAUCAUUAUAAUUCAAAAUCUAACUCUUAUUAAGGCCUACCUAGAUGGCAAUCUAAUUUUCUCUGAGGAUAUUGAUCCACAAAAAAAUUUUGUUGCUCUAAACUAUGAUGGUAUUAUUUAUCUAGGGGGCUUUGAAUAUGGUCAAAAGGUAGAUAUUGUUACUCAAGAGAUUUUUAAAAGGAAUUUUGUUGGUAAAAUUAAAGAUGUAUUUUUUCAGGAUUCAAACAAAGUUGAUUUAAUUGAAUCAGAAGGGUACAAUGUUUAUAAUGGAGAUGAACAAAAUUAG